CGUGGCAAAUAGAUAGUGUCUUCCGCUCAGUAUUCUGUACCAUCCUAUCUUUUUAUAUAAAAACAAACUAAUAUUCUUCCUUAAUUGUUAUCAACGUCAUUUUACCAGUUAUCUCUGUAUCGUAUACAAAAUGAUUCGUAAAAAUGUAUGCGUGCAAUUAUUUUGGUUCUUUUUGAUCCUGCAGUCGACAAAGUCGAAGAAAGAAGAUUAUGAAGUGGAGUUGGUACAAGUUGUGUUUAGACAUGGCGAUCGAACCCCAACUAAAUCAGAAUUAUAUAAGAAUUUAGCCUAUAAUCCUAUUUACGAGUCGCUUGGCUACGGCCAGUUGACCGAGGCUGGGAAAAUAAGAGAAUUUCAUCUUGGCGCGAUAUUGAGAAGACGGUAUGGUGCAUUUCUUGGUGAUCAUCAUGAAUAUGGUAACGUUUAUGCCUACAGUUCGGAUAUUGAUCGAACAAAAAUGUCUCUGCAAUUAGUUCUGGCCGGUCUGUAUCCACCAAAGUUGAACGAAGCGGGCAAUUUACAGUUAUCUCCAAUAGCAACGCAUUACGUACCAUUGAUUCUAGACAAUCUAAUGUUCCCGAUGCUUUGUCCAGCGUACCUGAAGGAAUAUAUCAAGACCAAAGUUUCAUCUUCGGUUCGUGCAACAAUAUCGAAAAACAAAAAGCUUUUCCAGUAUCUUGCAAAUUACACCGGAUCAGACAUGAUCUUGGAUCCAAUCUUUUCAACUUACAAGCUGCAUCACUUCUUGACAACACAGGAAAGUAUGAACAUUACUCUCCCAGAAUGGGCAACUAAAGAUGUGAUACGCAAAAUGGACUCACUUGCAAAAUUAGAGUAUGAUAUCCAAUCUCAUAACACGUUAAUGAAACGACUCAAUGGAGGUUUCCUUGUAAAGGAAUUUAUAAAAAACAUGGAUGCCAAGAAAACUAAAAGUUCUCCAAAAAUCUACGUAUAUAGUGGACAUGAAGUGAACGUUGCAGCUUUUGCCAAAGCGCACGAUUUAACUAAACCUGAAAUGCCUUUCUUUGGAUCGGCAAUUAUAGUCGAAAAAUUGCGAAACUGUGUCGGCAAACAAUUUGUUAGAAUGCUACACUGGAGUGGCGUUGAACAAAAAUUAACCACUUAUAAGAUUCCUAAAUGUGGUGAAAUAUGUCCGUACGAGAAGUACGUAAGACACAUGAAACGCGUGAUCCCUUCGGACGAAGAAUCAGAUUGCUUAUGGAAUAAUGUAUCGCUGAGAAAAUUACGUCGGUAUUACUCAGGACUAUUGGAUUUAAUUACGAAAUAGAGAUAUACGUUUUAAAUGCGUAUUAUCGAAGACCUAUGUGAAUAUGAAACUUUCACGAUUUAUAUGAUACUAUUUCUUGCUACUUUUAUGUAAAUUUCACUGUUAUCGACGUAAAAUCGAUAUGACGUAAAGUGGGAUUGCAACACUAAUAAUAAUUGGAAUUAAAACAGCAAAUCGAAAAAAGUUGUCUGUUUGGAAAAUAAAAUUACAGAAGCAUGUUAAUAACGUA